UGUUGGGGGUUGAGGCUGUGUAAUAUUGUUGACAUUUGCAUCUUAGUCCUUCCCCCACAAAGUGCUCUACUCACUCUCUGCUUAUAUAAAGUACCUUGUUAAUUUGAAUUUCACACUCAUCAAAAUUAAUUCAUUGUACCUCAAAUACACACAAACUUUCUCUCUCUUCUUUCUAAUGGAGUUUCUCACUUUACUUUGUGCUUUUACAAUAAUGCACUUGUGCUACCUGAUCUGGAAAGUUUAUGAUCAGAGAAGGGACCAACAGUGUUACAUAUUAAACUACCAAUGUUACAAACCAGGUGAUGAAAGAAAGCUUGGAAGCGAACGUUGUGGAAAGAUCAUAGGAAAUAAUGAUGAUAUUGGUCUGAAUGAGUGCAAGUUCUUCCUUAAAGCCAUUGUCAACUCAGGCAUUGGUGAGGAAACUUAUGCUCCAAGAAACUUCGUCGAAGGCCGAGCCACAAACCCAACAUUGCAAGACGGAAUCGAAGAGAUGGAAGAGUUUUGUCAUGAAAGCAUUGCGAAACUUCUAAACAAAUCAGGCAUUUCACCAUCGGAGAUCGAUGUUCUUGUGGUAAAUGUAUCUUUGUUUUCUGCUGUCCCUUCUUUAACUUCUAGAAUCAUUAACCAUUACAAAAUGAGAGAGGACAUAAAAGCUUAUAACCUAGCUGGUAUGGGUUGUAGUGCUAGUCUUAUUUCAUUAGACAUUAUUCAAAACAUUUUCAAGUCACAAAAGAACAAGUAUGCUCUUUUGUUGACAUCAGAAUCUUUGAGUCCAAAUUGGUAUUCAGGCAACAACAGGUCAAUGAUCCUUGCAAAUUGUCUUUUCCGCAUUGGCGGAUGUGCAAUUCUUCUCACAAAUAAAAGAUCCUUAAAGCAUAAAGCUAUACUAAAAUUGAAGCAUUUAGUUAGGACUCAUCACGGUGCCAGAGAUGACGCACAUAACUGUUGUAGUCAAAAAGAAGACGAACAAGGUAAGCUCGGUUUUUUCCUAGCUAAAGAUCUUCCAAAAGCCGCUACAAGAGCUUUCGUCGAUAAUUUAAGAGUGUUAUCGCCUAAAAUUUUACCAGCAAGGGAAUUAUUUAGGUUUCUAUUCAUGUCAGUCAUAAAAAAAGUGUCAAAAUUUCAUGUCCCUAAGUCAGCUGCAGGUGGUGUUGGUGGUACAAGUAACAAAUCACCAUUGAAUUUCAAAACCGGCGUUGAUCAUUUUUGCCUUCACACUGGAGGAAAAGCUGUGAUCGAUGGAAUAGGUAUGAGUUUAGAUCUGAAUGAGUAUGAUCUUGAGCCAGCAAGAAUGUCCUUGCAUAGAUUUGGUAACACAUCAGCAAGUAGUUUAUGGUAUGUGUUAGGAUAUAUGGAAGCUAAGAAGAGGUUGAAGAAAGGUGAGAGAGUAUUGAUGAUAAGUUUAGGUGCUGGCUUUAAAUGCAACAGUUGUUUGUGGGAAGUAAUGAGAGAUGCUGAUGAUAGAAAUGUGUGGGACGAUUGCAUUGAUUACUAUCCACCACACUCCUUAGCCAACCCAUUCAUGGAGAAGUACGGUUGGAUUAACAAUCUUGAAGAUGCAAGCACUUUCAAACACAAGCUUGCUCAGUUUCUUCAAAACUGAUUAUUAUUAUUAUUAUUAUAUUCAUAUUACUUACUCCCUCGGGUUCUUAAUAUAAGAAACAAACUACUUUUUAUUCUUCAUUGAAAACCAGAUAUUUCAAUGAACCUAAAAAGUAGUUUGUAUCUUAUAUUAAGGAUCAGAGGGAGUAUAAUACAAGGUUUACAUGUUUUGUAUUAUUAUUGUAUCUUAAGUAUAUUUUCAUAGAAAGGAAGAAGAAAAAAAAGUUUUUAUAAUUCAGGUCUUUUCUUUAAUACAAUAAGUAUGAUCAAAUCAUGCUUAUUGUGUUUUUGGAUUUCACUUCAAUUUUUAUGUUCCCUCAAGGGUUCCUUAGCCAAUAAGGUGUUUUGUUUCUAAACUCUAAAUCAUAUUGAUUACUGAAACCUACCACAGUACUUUGUUGUUUAAUGUUAAAUAAUAAUAAACGUGUAUUACUUUAUGUUUCAUUUUCCUAGCUUUUAUUUUAUUAAACUAAAAUAUAGGUUUGGGUUAAUAUAUAUUCUCCUGUUUUUGGCAAAA